GCGUCGGCAGCACACCGCCUCCCGUCCCCUUCGUCGCCGCGCCAGCAGUCAACUCCGCCGCCCCCGGCGACUCGUCGAAUGCGGCUGUUCCCAGGCCGCCGCCCGCCGUUGCCGCCACCGUCGUGACCACAGGGGAUGCGCGUCGUCCCCUCAGCUUUUCUCCGUCGAGCCGCCUCGAUGUCCUCUCACUACAACCGCCGAGGAUCCUCGCGGCCUCACCGCGGAUACUCCUCCCGCCCCCCGCCUCCUUCCGCCUACGCCGACGCCGAGCUCGUCAGCGGCGAUUCCCACCUCAGCACUGUGCCCGCUGCCAACGAUUCCCUCCGUCGCGGCGGGGGUCCUCGCGCGUCUCCACCGCAGUACAGGCACGGGCCGCAGCUCCAGCCGCCGCCGUACGGAUAUGGCUAUGGUCAACCUCAACCACAUCCGCAGCCGCAGCCGCAGGUUCAGCCUUACGGGUUUGUGCCGUACAACUACAGCCAUCCGCCGCAGGGGCCGUUCCCAGGCCCUCAGUACGGCUACGGGACUCCAAAUCAGUACGGUCACUGGCAUCCACAGCCAUACAGAGUUGUGCCACCGAAUGGAGGGUUCCUGCCACGGAAUGCUGGGUUCCGACCUGCGGCGCCGCAGCUGCAAUCGAGGCUGGCACAGUACAAACGAGAGUGGCGAUCUGUGCAGAAGCUGCCACCGCGCCAUGCUGAGAGGUUUAAGGUUCUGUCAUACAAUAUACUGGCGGACUAUCUGGCCCAGGAGCACCAAGAUCUUUAUAGAGACAUACCAUCAUUUAUCAUGGACUGGAACUGGCGUAAGAAUAGGAUAGGUUUAGAGAUCAGCUGUUGGCGUCCAGAUAUUAUAUGUUUUCAGGAGGUAGACAAAUUUACUGACCUUGAACAAGAAAUGUCAACCCGAGGAUAUACCGGCAUAUGGAAGAUGCGGACUGGAAAUGCUGUUGAUGGAUGUGCCAUAUUUUGGAGGACAGCAAGGUUCCAGUUGUGUUAUAAAGAAGACAUCGAGUUCAAUAAGCUUGGGCUUCGGGAUAAUGUUGCACAGCUUUGUGUUUUAGAAUCAGUGUUUCAAAGAAAUGUGCAAACUGGAUCUACUCACUUAUCUACUAGCUCUAUCCAUCCACAACAAGCCAAACAAGUUGUUAUAUGUAACAUUCAUGUUCUUUAUAAUCCGAAGAGAGGGGACAUAAAACUUGGCCAGAUAAGGACACUCCUUGACCGAGCUUAUGCUACAUCUAAGAGGUGGAAUGAUGCUCCGGUAAUACUCUGUGGGGACUUCAACGCUACACCGAAGAGCCCGCUGUACAAUUAUAUAUUGGAGCAAAAGUUGAAUUUGUUUGGGCUUGCAAGAAAUGCUAUAUCAGGGCAGCAAACUAGUUCACAUGGGCUUUAUACUGGUUCUAACACAUCUCGUUAUACAUUCCGUCCACCUUUACACAUGACCAAUGGUAGAGAGGGAAGAAUGAUUACUCUAGAUGUCCAUAAGCCUCAAAGCGAAGCAAAAAGUUUGGUCAGAGAUUCUUGCCUUGCUGGAAGAGAACCUGUUUUGACCGCUAUUGCUUCAACAUCUUGCUUAAACUCUGAAUCGAGUAAAUAUUUUGGCAACAAUAGACCUUGUUCUGGCCCUAGUAAUCUUGACGAGCAAGGAUUAUCAAGCUGUUUGUCAGGUCUUGCAAAGGAUGCCUGUAAUUCUGAUGGUGCGGCUGAAUGUGAAGAAGGCGCGGCUGUUGACAGCUCCUCUGAAGAAUGUUUUGAAGGAAUCAAAGUUGAAUCCAGAGAACCUGACAUUGGUGGCGUCCAAUGUUCACAAACUGCUGUAUAUGAUGAGGCCAUCCAGUCAGAUUCAAGUGAAGCAAUUAGCAGACACCUACUUUCAUCUGAAUUAUCUGGGCGUAUAGAUUCUGUCGGAGAAUUAAGAUGUGUUAGCAGUAAGGAUCCAAAUUCCCUGGGAGACUUGUCUGGGAAUGUGAUUUGUGAAGAUGUUACAGGUGGUUUUGAAGGAAAUAGUGCUCAAUCAGAUACGUUGUUGAAUGUAUCAAAGGAAAACCCUGGUGAAAAGGAAAAGUGCAAUGAAUCCAUGUCUGGUCAAAACAAUUGUACAACUCCCAAGUCAGAAUCGUCCCAUUUCAGUGAUUCUCUGAAGUCUGCUGAUGCACGGUGUAAAAUGAGCAAUAUGAGAGUAGACGAAGAAAUUAAUACCGGAUCAACUCACUUAACAUCUCCAGUAGAACAACUAACACAUCAAACAAAUAGUGCCACUUCAGAUUCCUGUGGCAAUCAGUGUACUCCUGAAGUAACCAACAAGCAUUUAGACUCAUAUUCCUGCCCAGAAGAGUUUGGAAAUCAUGCUUGUUCUGUUGAGGAUGAUGUCACAGCUAAUGAAAAUUUGUGCACUAAUGUGUUAUCUGACCCUACCUCGUUCAAAGAAUUUGCUGGUGAUAAUGAAUGCUUACAUCUGGAUAAAAAUCAGCUGCCAACAAUUUCAAAUGGUUCACGACAUGCUCACAAGGUGGUUCCUUAUGGAGGGUACUAUAAUGAUCCGUACAGGUGGACAGUAGAUGAAAUGAAGGCUGCUACUGGGAAGGAAGAAUGUACUUAUGUGGAACAUAAUUUGAAAGUAAGGAGUGUCUACACAGAUGUGGAGGAUUUUCAUGGGACAAAAGAUGCCAAUAAGGAGCCCUUGGUAACCAGUUACAACAGAAAAUUUAUGGGGACAGUGGACUACAUAUGGGCUUCUGAAGAUCUUCAGACUGUUAGCGUGCUAGAUACAUUUCCAGAAGGGAUUUUGAAGGAGACAAUUGGAUUCCCCACAAAGAAAUGGGGAAGUGAUCAUAUCGCAUUGGUCUGUGAACUGGCGUUUAAGGAAUGAUGUUCAUGAUACAGUAAAAGAGGGAUUUCAGUGCCAUUGAAGGCGCCCGCAUGACAAGACAACGACUACCUAGUACAAGCCUCAGGCGAAAUAAUCUUAUCCAGAACAAUCGUUGAACAUUUCUCCGUCAAUCACGUUAAGUAAAUACUCACUCCGUCCCAAAAUAAGUGUCGUAAAUUUAGUACUAAGGAGUGACACUUGUUUAGGACGGAGGGAGCAUAUAUACAUGGAAAACCAAAUUCCUGCUUUCUUAGUUCAAUAUAAGAGCUCGCCAGCAUUUUCUUUC